UUAUUCUUAUUGUGCUCACAUCCACAUUUACAGAUUUUUCCGAGUACUUUAUUGAAAGGACGCCAAACGAAUGGAACGAGCUUGACUUCCUUAAUUGGCUGAAUGAGAGGGACGAUAAGCUGUUUUGCACAAAUAUACCACUUAAAGACCGAAAAACAAGAUGGCAUGGUCGGCUUAAGAAAGCAUUGGAGAAUGUUAGAUCUCGGUGUAAAAGUUAUCUGGAACAGGCGACAACCAAUGACCGCGACCACUUGAAAUCUUUUGCUACAACUGCAUUAAGGUCGUCGACUAAUCUCCAUGAAAAUUUGGAAGUUCAGGCGCAAGACAUCUCUGUAGCCAUACCGUUACAGAGACAUGGCUCAGUCCGUAUGGUUAGCCGUCUUGGGCAUGUAGUAUGUUGUAACCGAACAGGCCGGUAUAGGAAGCUCGGGUUCAGGACAUCUCCUGUAACCAUACCGUUACAGAGACAUGGCUCAGUCCGUAUGACUAAAAUUCCGAGUAACGUUUCCGAAUGGUGGGAACAUGUUACUGCACAAAUGGAACUUAAGAACUCCAAAGAACGUGAAAAGUUGGUUAUGUUUAAGGACUCUAUGUCUCAGGUUGAGUGGACAGCAAUUCGAAACGAAAGAACACGGAAGAGAUUUCUGGAAGUAGAUGCUUUGAGUGAAAAUGAUUUAAAAUAUGAUAAAAACACUUCCAAAAAAAUCCGUCAAGACAUUAAUGAACUACUACCAACUUCACAAAAUGUGGUAGCGGUAUUUUUCCAUUAUGUUUUCAUCUCACCCUUAAUGCGUUAUAAUAUUCUAGACACAACAAAUUCAUCUGCGACGGAAGCACGAAAGCUCUUCAAAGAACAUUGGAAUAAUAUCAUUAAAACAAUAGAAGAUUUUUUAUCGUUUAGACCCUAUAUUCCGAAUUCCGCUUUCACUUCAUCUCAAGACACAGAGCAAGAUGGACAGGCAGAAGGUGUUAAACGAUAUCUAAAAAAUAUAACGAAAAAUGUAAACACCAUGAAUAAAUUGUGCAAUACAAUCAAGACAGAGCGUGAAAAAUUACGGGCAAAUGGCAAUAUACGAUGGAAAAAACAAGUUUUGCAAUUGAUGAAAAUAUUUCGAAAACAAUUUCUAAAUGGCAGAAACCGUUUAAAAGAAAAUCAGACUGAAGGCAAUUACAUAACCAAGUUUAUUUCACACAUUUUUACCAUUCUGUUCGAAGAUAAAUCGUUUUUGGAAUGUAGUUGGGGUGAAUCGACCUUACGAUGUUCCGCUUUUCUACUUAAACGAUCAUUAAGAGAUGAUGAUCGACGAUGCUCGGGAAAUAAAAUUGAUGCGAUUGUUUCAAUGGUGGACAUGGAUUUUUUGGAAUUCUCGACUUUAGAAGUUUCAGGGCCUCCAUCAAGCCUUGAUCAUACUCACUAUGUUGGGGAUAGGAAUAAGACCGCAAAGAUGCUCAAGAUUAUCCUGAACUACAUUAAAAUCAAAUACCCAGGUGAUUUUGAAAUAUUUAGAAGAAUAAAAGUUUAUGGUAUUCAAAUAUACGUUCUCUUAUCCAACAAUUACACAUUUGAUAUCCAUGAAGUUACCAAGGAUAUGAUUAUUUCGAGUGCUGAAAGUAUACUGAUCUAUAUCGAUAAUUCUACUUCCGAAUCGAGUGAAGAGGAUUCUAAGAUUGACGAA